AUGGCACAAUCGGCAAAGUCCACCAAGAAUGCUGGCGGGGUUGGAGGAAAGGGGGCACAAGGAGGUGCUUCGAAAGGCAAAAAGGGUGCUGCGGCAGGUGGAGGAAAGAAAGAAGAUGAGAGAGAUGAGACAUUGCAAGCUGUGGUCCUGGCAGAUUCCUUCGAGACGAGGUUUAAUCCUUUUACCUUGGAUACCCCAAGAUGUCUGUUACCUCUGGCCAAUACUCCUCUCAUCGAAUAUACACUCGAAUUUCUCGCCAUGUCCGGCGUCGCGGAUAUCUAUAUAUACUGUGGUGCACAUACCGAAGCUGUAGAAGAAUACCUUCAUAACUCUAAAUGGGAUCCACAAACUUCGCCCUCGUCACCUUUCAGCAGACUCAUGAUUGUUAAAACUACGGCCCACUCGGUUGGAGAUGCGAUGCGGGAUUUGGACGCGCGAAAUUGGAUUACGGGGGAUUUUCUACUGGUUCAUGGGGAUUUGGUCUCGAAUUUACCGAUUGAUGCUGCGUUGGCUGCACAUAGAGCGAGGAGAUAUGCGAAUAAAAAUGCUAUUAUGACUAUGAUUUUAAGAUCAGCUGGAUUGGAAGAGCAUAGAACAAAAUCGAAUGGUAUUACACCGGUUUUUGUUUUGGAUCCAACGAAGAACCGAUGUCUUCAUUAUGAAGAGAUGAAUCCUCUUCAAUCGAAUAAAUAUCUCAGUCUCGAUCCGGAAAUAAUUACAGAAAAUUCCGAAAUAGAGAUUCGAACGGAUUUUAUUGAUUGUGGUAUCGAUAUUUGUACACCGGAUGUACUAGCAUUAUGGGCGGAAUCUUUCGACUACGAGGUUCCUAGAAGACAUUUCUUACAUGGUGUAUUGAAAGACUAUGAAUUGAAUGGAAAGACUAUUCAUACAGAGAUUGUAACGGAUCAUUAUGCAGCUCGAGCAUUUAAUUUACAAGCUUAUGAAGCUAUAACCAAGGAUGUUCUGGGAAGAUGGACAUAUCCUCUCGUUCCAGAUAGCAAUUUAGUCGCAGGACAAACAUAUAAAUUCCAACGAGGUGGCUUUUGCAAGGAAAACGGUGUUAUACUAGCUCGAACUUGCAAGAUUGGUAGAAGAACUGUAUUGGGAGCAGGUACUAGUAUAGGAGAUGGUUCGACGAUUAUCAAUAGUACUAUUGGUAGAGGAUGUCGAAUUGGAAAGAAUGUCACAAUUAAGAACGCUUAUAUUUGGGAUGAUGUUAUCAUCGGUGAUGGGUCAUCUGUGGAGCAGACGAUAGUUGCUAAUAAUGUUUUGAUUGGACAGAAGUGCAAGAUUAGUGAAGGAUCACUUCUUUCAUUUGGUGUGAGGAUAGCUGAUGGAAUUGAAAUCGCCAAAGGAUCGCGUAUUACAACCGGACAAAGAGCAAAGGAUGAUUCUGAGUCUGAUGACGAUACACCCACCGACUCUAAAAUCGUUGGAGAAGGCGGAGAAGGAUACGAAUUCAUUGAUGAAGAAGAAUUCGAAGAUGAGGAAUCUAGCGCCUUUCACUCUAGUCUCAUAUACUCAACCGCACAUCUCAGUAUCUCUAGCGAAUCCAUCUCUACAAUCUCAUCCGAGAUUUCAGCCGGCGAAGUUGAUACUCGAUCUCGUCACUCCAGUUUCGCAGGUUCGCUAUCGGAUGAUGAACAUGGACAUGGCAAUUCGGAAUCCUUCCAUCAUGAUGCUGUUCAAGGUCUUCUUGAUACAUUGAGAGAGAACGGGGAUUUCGAUGGUGCAAAAUUGGAAUUUAUGGGGUUGAGAUUAAGUAAUGAUGCGGAUGAUUAUCAAAUCCGCAGAGCAAUCGCAGCCGCUUUUACGAAAUUCAUAGCGGAAGUUGUAACGGCCGGAACGAAAACCGCGGUUGAAGCAACGGUGCAGGCAUUGAGUGUAGCGGGUGCACAGAAAUUCCUGGAGGAGGUCGCGGUGGGAAUAGAGAGGGAUGAGGGGGGAAUGAAGGAAUUUCUCGUUUGUUUGCAGAAGGGAUUGGUGGGGAAACAGAACGGAGCACCGGUUAUGGCGAGUCUUUGCCAGAAAUUGUAUGAGAGGGAUGUGGUGACUGAAGAGGCGAUUUUGGGAUGGUAUGAGGAGGCGGAAAGUGGAGGGGAUGGAAAGGAAGGUGGGGAUGUGGAGAUGAAGAAGGUGAGGGAGAGGACAGGGGUGUUCGUUGAGUGGCUGAGAGAGGCGGAGAGCGAGGAGAGUAGUGAGGAGGAAGAUGACGAGAGCGAGGAGGAGGAUAGUGAUUAG